AUGCAUAAGAAACAAUUCUAUUCUCGACGUGUAAUUAAUCGACGUCAGAGACAUCUAAAAAAAUUAGAGAAACAAGAAAAUUAUUUGAAUUUUUCAAGUGAAAGUGAUAAUGAAGAUUGUAAUGUUAAUCAACAUAUAAAUAAUAUAAAUUCCAUGUCUUCGAAUGUUCUUUCAGCACUUGAUGGUGAUUUACAUACAUAUGAAAAUUAUCAGGAAGAUGAACAUGAUAACACCAACAAAUUAAAUGAUUUUCAAGAUACUAUUUUUGAUCAUUCACCACCAUUAUAUAAUGGCUGUCGAUUUUCCACAAUUAAAUCAGUUAAAAUGUUAAUAAAUUUUUUUUGUCGAAUUAAUUUAGAUAAACAAAAUACUAUUUAUUUAAUGAAAUUGAUAAAACUUAUAUUACCAAUGAAGAAUGCAUUACCUACAUCAUGGAAAUGCAUAAUGAAAUUAUUUGGAAAAGUCAAUUUUUCAUCGACAACGUUUUUAUGUUCAAAAUGCUUUAAUCAAUGUAAAAAAACAAGAUUCAACACCAAAACUUGUAUGAAUGAUAAUUGUUAUUUGUCAAAAAGAAUGUUAAAAACAAACGAGAUCGUGGAAGUAGUAAAUCUUGAUAUUCGUACUCAGAUGAAAUCUAUUAUUGCUCGAAAUAUAAAUUUAUUAACCCAAAGCUAUGAUUUAUUUCCAUUGUCUGAUGUAACCUCAGCUUCUCUUUAUAGAACAACAAUAUCAAAUACAAAAUGUAGCACCAUUACAAUUAUUAUUCACACAGACGGUGCUCCUUUGGUACAUUCAAGUAAACAAUCGAUAUGGCCCUGCUUUGCUUCUAUUGUGGAGUUACCUCCUCCAAUAAGGGAGCACCAAACUAAUAUAAUGCUUUUAGCUUUAUGGUCGGCUAAAGUAAAACCAAAUGUCAAUGUAUUUCUCGAAAGAACUAUAAGUGAUAUUGUACAACUUAUGACCCAUGGAUUUUGGAGUGGUUCGUCUGUGCUAUACCCAUAUGAUAAAAAUAAUUUAGAAUUACGUACACAUUCAGGGUUUAUUGCAGCGGCUAAAUCAGCCGAGGAAAAAUCAACAGAAAAACGAGUAGCAAAUGUAGAAGGUGUAAAGGGUUUAUCAUGUUUAUUAAAAAUUAUUUCGUAUCCACAACAAGUUGUGUUAGAUUAUAUGCACCUCGUGUGUUUAGGUCAUGUAAAAACUUUAAUCAAAAGGUGGUGCCAAUUAAUUAGCAAAGCUGAUAUAACGAGAAUGGAUAGUAUGUUAUCCAUGGCACGCUUUCCACAUAACAUACAUGUUACGUACAAUGAAUCAAUUUUAGCUAUUGACUCAUGGAAAGCUAAACACUGCAGAUUGCUGGUACUAAAUCUUGGUAUUCUUUGUCUACCUACAUUAAAUGCAUCACAUUGGACAAUUUACUGUUUGUUUGUUAAAUUAUUGCAUGCACCACAAUCACCUGAAGAUAUAGAUUUUGCUGAAAAAUUAAUUAAUUAUUAUUGUCGUACAAUUGCUGAUGUUUAUGAUGAAUCAUUAGAAUUAUUUUCAUUACAUGCACAUCUCCAUUUACCCGGUCAAGUGCGACUACAUGGUGGUUUAUCAACAUCAUCAGCAUUUACAUUUGAGUCCUGUAUUCGAUAUUUAAAAAGUAAGGUGCAUGGUACAAAACAUUUGGCUUCACAAAUAGCUUAUUGGUAUGAUAUUGAAACCAUCGUCAAAACUACAGUAUUUGAAGUAAAGGUACCAUGUGGUGUUAAUGAAAUUAAUUUUUUUAAUGAAAAAAUGAAUCAUUAUCGUAAUAUAAUAGGUGCUCUUCUUCAUACUCAUCAACAAGAUUUAAACCAAAUUGUAUUUUACACACGUUAUAAGAAAUGCUUUUUAACUUUCCAUACAGUGCUUUAUGAUAAGCCAUAUAAAUGUCGUAGUUACAUCGUAUCAUAUAUUAAUGAUAGUGAUGAUUAUGACGCGCUCAAUUAUGCAAAUAUAAUUGUAUUUUAUAAAUAUAACAAUGAUUAUUUUGCACUUAUACAAAAAUAUCAUUUUUCAAGAAAAAAAAUCUCGCAUUACGUAGAGUUACCUGUAGAAGUAUGUAACAAAUUGGAUGAAAUGUUUCCAUUACUCGAACUGUCGAACGAUUAUGAAAUUAUUCCUGUAGCAAUGGUUCGCCAUCACUGUAUAAUGGUAGAAUUUCAAGAUGUUUGUUGUUUAUCAGAAUUAAGAAUUGAUUCUGAACAUGAUUAA